AUGUCGGGCGCGGCGGCCCGGGACCCGGCCAUGGACCGCUCGCUGCGCUCCGUGUUCGUGGGCAACAUCCCGUAUGAGGCCACCGAGGAGCAGCUCAAGGACAUCUUCUCGGAGGUGGGCGCCGUGGUCAGCUUCCGGCUCGUGUACGACCGCGAGACGGGCAAGCCCAAGGGCUACGGCUUCUGCGAGUACCAGGACCAGGAGACGGCGCUGAGCGCCAUGCGCAACCUCAACGGGCGCGAGUUCAGCGGGCGCGCGCUGCGCGUGGACAACGCGGCCAGCGAGAAGAACAAGGAGGAGCUCAAGAGCCUGGGCCCCGCCGCGCCGCUGGCCGACUCGCCCUACGGGGAGCCCAUCGACCCCGCGGACGCGCCCGCCUCCAUCACGCGCGCCGUAGCCAGCCUGCCGCCCGAGCAGAUGUUCGAGCUCAUGAAGCAGAUGAAGCUGUGCGUGCAGAACAGCCACCAGGAGGCGCGCAGCAUGCUGCUGCAGAACCCGCAGCUGGCCUACGCGCUGCUGCAGGCGCAGGUGGUCAUGCGCAUCAUGGACCCCGAGCUGGCGCUGCGCAUCCUGCACCGCAAGGUGCCCGUCACGCCCCUGCUGCCGCCGGGCAAGGCCGCGACGGCUGGGGUCGGGGUCGCACCCGCGCCCGGGCCCGCGCCCGCGCCAGCCACUGUCUGCCCGGGGCCCGGGGGGGUGCUGCUGCUGGGCCAGCAGACCCCCGCCGCGCAGCAGCACCAGCACCAGCACCUGCCCAGAAGGCCCGUCAAGGACAUCCCGCCGCUCAUGCAGACCCCCGUCCAGGCGGGCGUGCCUCAGCCGCCAGGCCCCAUGCCCGCCGCCUCCGGCCCGGGCUCCCUCACACCCGGAGGGGCCAUGCAGCCGCCAGGCGCGAUGCCCGGCGUCGGGCCGCUGCCCUUGGAGCGCGCCCCCCAGCUGCAGAUGCCGGACCCCAGAGCGCCCCUGCCGCGUGGGCCCAUGAGUGCGGGCGGCGGCGUCGGUGGCGGCGGCGGGCUCCCGCCUCGAGGGCUGCUCGGAGAUGCGCCCAACGACCCACGUGGAGGGACUUUGCUUUCAGUCACCGGGGAAGGAGAGCCCAGGGCCUACUUGGGCCCGCCACACCAGGGCCCCCCCCUGCACCAUGGCUCGGGGCACGACGGCCGCGGCCCCUCCGCGCACGACCUGAGAGGGGGGCCGCUGGCCGAUCCCAGACUGCUCCUUGGGGAGCCCCGAGGACCCAUGAUGGAUCAAAGGGGCCUGCCUGUGGAUGGCAGGCCGGGCAGAGAUGCUCGAGCUCUGGAGGCUCGCUCCAUGGAGACGGAGGUGAUGGAGAGAAGAGGGAUGGAGGCCUGCGCCAUGGAAACCAGAGGGAUGGAAGCAAGAGUGAUUGAUGCGAGAGGAAUGGAGAUACGGGGUCCCGGCCCCAGCUCGAGAGGCCCCAUGACUGGUGGAAUUCAGGGUCCUGGACCCCUUAGUCUGGGGGCUGGCGGUCCUCCGGGACCCCGGCAGGUCCCAAGUAUCUCCGGGGUGGGAAAUCCUGGAGCUGGCAUUCAGGGAGCGGGCAUGCAAGCAGGAGGGAUGCCGGGGGCGGGCAUGCAGGCAGGAGGGAUGCAGGGCGCGGGCAUGCAGGCAGGAGGCAUGCAGGGAGCUGGUAAGCAAGGUGGAGGCCAGCCAAGCAGUUACAGCCCAGGUCAGAGCCAGGUAACUCCACAGGACCAAGAAAAGGCAGCUUUGAUCAUGCAAGUUCUACAGCUCACUGCAGAUCAGAUUGCUAUGCUGCCUCCAGAGCAAAGGCAGAGUAUCCUGAUUUUAAAGGAGCAAAUCCAGAAGUCCACUGGAGCUUCUUGAAAGGAUUUAGAAAAUAUCUUGCAGUAGGCCUAGGAAUUCGAUAGCAUGAAGAAUGGGUGCAAAAAGUUAACUUGUGCAUCCCCACAUUAGAGUGAUUAGUGGUUUCCCACGUUCCAAAAACUUAAUCUCAUUUUUCUUGUUGUCUUUUUUGUGUGUUUAAAUUGGAGGAAGGGUUUGUUUGUUCACGCCAACUCACUGUCAACGUCAAAAUAAUCGGACAAGAAUUGUUUCUACUGAAGAUUACAAAGAAAAUGCAGUGAUAGUAAAAGUGUACAGUGUUAAUUGCAUUAUUAGAAUAUUAAGUAACACUUCUGAAAACUGCACAAAAGACAUAAAGAUCACCUGUUAAAAUGAUAAUGUACUGUGAUAGUUUUAUGAUAUUUGGUUGUAUAAGAAGUUUUACCUCAAAAUUCUUAAGAUAUAUAUUUUUGUAAACUAUUUAACAUAUAAGACCCUGUUUGGGGGAGGGUGGCAAUAGAAUGGUGUGCUGCAUUGUGUUUGGACUUAUUUUAAAAUAUUAGUGCUAAUAGGAUAAAUCUAACCUUGUUUUGGAACCCCCUUCCAAAAACAAACAAACAAACAAAAAGACUAUGCUACCUGAAAAAUCUAGGCAUGGUUUGGCGCCAUUUUAUUUCCUAACAGCAGAGAGCAUCAGUUUUGUGGCCUGGCUUAAAUGCCAUGAUAGUGCUGACCCAGUAUCAACAACUAGGUUACUUGAGUCAUCGCUGAUGAGAUUCAGUUUAUCAUACCUUUCGAUUUUCUUAGUCUUUAUGCCUUAAAUUUGAGUAGUCCACAUUCUUUGUAAAAAUCAUUAAAGGACUAGUUAUCUUGGUGACUAUCAAACAGCUUUGGGCUUUGCAUAAGUAGUGGAGGAUUUCAUUCAGUAAAGUACAAUUUUCCUGAUAACGAGCUUCUAUAUAUACAGAUGGUGUCCAUCUGGUUAGCCAUGAUUAAGAGUUAUAAGUAUUACAGCAACAUUUAAUAAAAAUAACUUUCAGUUUUCUUAUUUCAGAAAAAUCUAUUUGUCACUUAAUAUCAGAAUAAUUUUGAAGCCCAGUUAGGCAGAGAUAAUUCUUCUAUCCUAAUUUCUCAGUACAGUUGGUUAUUCUUAAUAGCCCACGAGACAUUUAAAAAUCAAUAGGAAGGUAGGGCUUACAUAUCCUUUUGAGCUAUUAAUUUUUAAGCCUUAAGGAUAUGGACACAAAAAUUCUGUAUUAGACUAGUAAUUGAAAGAAAUAUAAACACACAGAUAAGCAGCGCAGGUAACCAGGUACUCUUUUUCUGGAGAAGAAAAACCAAGAACUCAUUACAGAAGGGUAAAAAAAAAAAAAGUAUCUCAUACAAAGAUAGCAGAUGGAUGAAUGUUGUCUCCUUAGAAGGUUUUUCCAUUGAAAUGGGUAAUUCCCGUGUAAGUUUUCAUCCCUGUAAUUGCUACCUGUUUUGCCACUAAUUUUGUUGUUUUGCCUCUGUUCAUAGAAUGUUCCCGGGUUUUCUAUAUACUUACCCCAAUAUAAAGGGUCGUUGACUCUCUUUAACACAUGUGAUAGUUCUCAUUAAUGCUAUUCACAGAGCUGGUGUGGUUACUUUGAAAUUAUACAUGCUCUAUCCCAAAGCUUUACCUACGGGCUCUAACUGAAAACUAUUAAGUGUUAUGUUCUGUGUUGUAGUAAAAUCUUUGCAUUGUUUAUUGUGGAAUAAAUAAAGUGUUUUAGACUAAUUUUAGUAUCUGACGUGUUUAUUUAUAAUUAAUG